AACAAUUUUUAGGGUUUGAUUGGAAAGAGGGGAGAAUGGCGAAGUUCAAUGUGGUGCAGAAGGCAAGAAGAGCUGCAGCAGCAGAGAAGAAGAGAAAGAUUCACGGAGAUCCUACCACCGGGAAACUCAAGGUUCGGACCCAACCCCAGUCUCUCUCCGGCAAACGCAAGCGCAAGCUCUUCAACUACUGGCGCCGAGAGCAAAAGGAAGCGUUGCAGAAUGGCGUGGUGACCAUGGAAGAUGUGCAAAUGGCAGUUGCUGAAGGCGCAACCAAAGAUGCUCCUAAAUCUUCUGGGAAAAAAUUUCACUUGAAGAAGAAGAGCAGCUUCAAACUCAAGCGCAAAGGGAAAAAAGACAAAAGAAAAUCUGAUGCGCCUGCUGCUGAUAUUUCCGCUAAUGCAAUGGUAGAGUAAUUAUGAAAGUUUUAAUAUUCCAUAUGCUUGAUCCUUAUGCUCCAGUGGAGGCUGGAGCUGACAGAAAAUGUAUGGGAGAGUGCUUUUUUCCUCUUCUGCUUGGUUUUUCUUAGGAUAGAAGUGGCAAAGAUUGGAUGGUAUAAUAUUGUAACCUUUGAGUUGAGUGCUUUGUAUACUCUCUGGAUAUUUUUAUUUUUAGUCAUUAAUCUACAUUGGUGUGUGAAAUUCAGUUUAGAAUAUAAUGAAGGACUGGCACUUUAUUUUUAUUCA